AUGAAGCGUCUUGCUCUCCACGAGAUCGAACACAGCCACGGCACGGUUCAGCUGAUUUCAGGGGGGACAGCCUUGCAGCAUAAAAAGGGAACAUCGAUUGUUCUGGUGCCUCAACCAAGUCUAAACGACCCCAAUGAUCCACUGAACUGGCCAUUUGCAAAACGUGUCACGGCGUUCUGGUCUGUACUGUGGCUGUCCGGCCUGUGCAAUUUCUGCAUCACAGGAUUAGCUCCGGGCUUCGGGCAGGUUAUAGCGGAAUUCAACAUCACCCUCACCCAAGUGACAUGGCUGAUAUCGGCUUGUCUGCUGGGAGAGUUUAUGGGAUGUUACACAGUUGCACCCUUUUCGACCCGCUACGGGAAACGCCCCAUUUGGUUGCUUAUCAGCAUUUUCUUCUUCUUGUGCAAUGUAUGGGCCGCAGUGGCAAAGUCAUACACCUCCCUCCUGCUAGCAAGAUUCUUUGCGUCGUGGGCAAGUGGCACAAGCGAGCCCCUAAGCGUAGAUACCAUGCAUGAUCUCUUCUAUCUGCACGAGAGAGGCACUCAGGCCGGAGUCCAGACUAUAUGGCUCAGCUGGGGUAGCUCCCUGGCGCCUGUGAUCUGUGGCUACCUCAUCCAAGCAAAAGGCUGGCGCUGGUUCCAUUGGCUCACCAGCAUCAUGGCGGGGAUAGACCUGAUCUUGAUCUUCUUCUUUGUGCCGGAAACACAGUACAAGCGAGAUUUACACGAGGCGCUUGACUCGGUUGGCAUCGAUGGAAACGGAGAGACGAAAUUUGUGGCUCAACGCCCAUCCCCUGCGGAUCCUGUCACUAAGGUCGAAGACGAAACGACGACCGAGAUGGUCGAAACCCGGGUCCCAAAAGCCGCUAAAAGGACUUUUCUCCAGGAGCUGAAGCCCUGGUCUCCAGUCCGGAGGGAUGUGAAUGUGAUAGGUUCAUUCUUGCGGCCCUGGGCGACAUGGUGUUACCCUAGUGUUGUGUGGUCCGUCUUCUCAUUCUCGAUUCAUGUAACAUGUGUGGUGGUCCUGAUAACCAUGAUACCAAUCUACUUUGGAGCUCCGCCUUACAACUUUUCCAUCGGUCAGCAGGGACUUGUAUACUUGAGCUCGUGUAUUGGAAAUGCAUUUGGCUCGGUCUUCUGCGGCUUCUUGAACGACAAGUUGAGCCAGUGGUCCACAAGACGCAAUCAGGGUGUCUUUGAACCUGAAAUGCGGCUCCCUGUGACCGUGUUUCCUGCUCUUCUUGUGCCGGCCGGGCUCUUGAUGUUUGGAAUCGGCUUGCAGCAUGGAAUUCACUGGAUUGUUCCGGUGAUUGGCGUUGGCCUCGUCGGGGUGGCACUGACUGGAAUAGGGUCAAUCAUCCAACCAUAUCUGAUGGACAGCUAUACUCCGGUUCUGUUUGAUUGCCUCGUGACCUUCAACGGAUUCAAAAACUUGGUGUCAUUCGCUGUUGGCUUCGCAGUCGUUCCCUGGCUCCAGGCGGACGGGCUGGUCGCUGUCUUUUGUAUCCUGGCUGCGUUGGUAUUCGUCAUUGAUGCGUCCGUUGUGAUCAUCUACAUGUUCGGGAAGAGAUUGCGCCAACGAGAUGCCAGGCUCAAGGUGUUCCUUUUCUAG